AUGGGCGCCAGUCCUACCUACGAAGGGACUCUCGAUGAGUCCCAACUUCUCGAACAGCUGCCGGGUGAGAUCGCGGCCCUCAUCCGCACAGCUUCCGGGACUCAGUACCUGAAUGCGCUCGCAGUCGGCGCGUUGAGAUCAGGGUUUACGGAGAAGUUCUUCUACAUCUAUGAGCCGAUCUUCGUUGAUCUGGCUGCGCGCUGGACACUGCCCGAGUCCGGCGUUGACCAAACCGAAGUCAUAUCCGCAUUUGCACGAAUAUUGCCGCUCGCACCACAUUUACGAUCUUUCGCAAGCCAAUAUGCCAUGUCCCGGGCUGGCCCUCUGUCGGCGUUGGCUGCACCUAAUGCUUCGACUAACUUGCAAAUAGACGACCUCACAAUAUGCACCUUACUACUUGCCAUAUUCCGUCUUCUUUCUUUCGACUUAGAAGCCUUUUCACCGGCCAUCUCUCCAUCUCGACUACAGACCCUUUUUCAACACGACGACAAAGUGAUUCGAUAUCUUGCGGUACGAUGUUUCUGUCUUUAUAUGCGCGCGGCCGAUGCAUCGACGGAGAGGAUUUUGUGGUCACAUUGCGGGGAUGACAUCGUGGAGGGGCAUUGGGAAGGUAUUUCGAUUGACUACCGCUGUCUCGGGCUUUGGGAAGAGCGUCGAUGGACUACCUUAGAACGGCAACUCCAUUCGCUGAGGACCACGCGAUCUUACUCCGAGAGCCUUUCUCGAGUGGAGCAGUUGCGAGAAUAUUUCACUGCACGAACCGCAGAAGUAUCUGGCGUAUUAAUACCUCGUCAGAUUGUUCCCUCGCUCACACCGUCUGCAAUUGUGAAAACACCCACAGCAGUGAGUAAUUUGCGACGGAUAGCGAGUGCCUUAAUCACUCCUCAGCCAAUCCUUCUAGUCGGACUGCCGAACUCAGGAAAGACCAGUCUCAUCAAUGACGUUGCAGGCGUCAUGGGUCAGGCGGAAUCUAUGGUGACACUUCACCUGAACGAGCAAACAGAUGCAAAAAGCCUUCUUGGAAUGUACUCAACAUCUCCAGCAACGGGCAGCUUUGCCUGGCAACCCGGUGUGUUGACAAAAGCUGCGAGAGAAGGCCGAUGGAUAUUAAUUGAAGAUUUGGAUCGCGCUCCUUCUGAAGUCAUUGGUCUCAUCCUUCCUAUCAUUGAAAAGGGUGAGCUCACUAUAGCUAGUCGAAGGGAGCGCAUCAAAUGCGCGGAAGGCUUCAAAAUUAUCGCUACGAUGAAGUCGUCGUACAAUAUCGCCGGCGAGGAGGUUGCCCCUAGUACUUCAAUACUUGGAAGCAGAUUAUGGAAUAGGGUACAGGUCGAUCCGCUUACGAUAGGCGAGGUUCAAGAAGUGAUUGCGCAAAAGUUCCCUUUGCUCGAAUCUCGGGUUCCCACAAUCAUGGACGUUUAUCAGAAGCUCUGCUCCUCGUUUCACGGAAGCCUCGCCAUCAAAAGCUCUCAAGGUCGUACCCCAGGACUGCGAGAUCUUAUCAAGCUCUGUAGCAGAAUGCAUAGGAGACUUCAGCGACUGGGCGUGAAGACUGGAUUUGAAGCUACCCCUGAAGGCACUGACGACGAAAUCUUUCUUGAUGUUGUGGACAUCUUCCUCAAAUAUCUACCAGACUCGACAAUCUCGGAUUCUUUGGCUUUGAAAGUCGCGGAAGCACUUCAUAUUUCGCCGCAACGUGCAAGAUUUUGUUUACAUGAGCGGACACCAGCGCUCCUGGAUCAGGGCAGCAAUCUCGUACUUGGUAGGGAGGCUUGCCGCAAGAUUAAGGUUCCGAGCGGUUCUGCAUCUAAACUAGCAGCUGCUACAUCUCGCUUUGCUACUACGAGAGCCGCCCUGAAGUUGAUGGAGCAGGUCGCUGCUUCAGUCGAGAUGGCCGAGCCUGUUCUUCUCGUUGGAGAGACCGGUAUCGGUAAAACGACUGUCAUACAGCAUUUUGCCACAUUGAUGCGGCAAAAACUCACAGUAGUGAACUUGUCACAACAAAGUGAAAGUAGCGACCUACUGGGUGGCUUCAAACCAGUCAACAUUCGUACAAUGGCCAUUCCGAUGUUCGAUGAGUUUAAUUCCCUAUUCGAAUUAACAUUUUCUGCAAAAAAGAAUCAAAAAUUUCUUUCCUCGAUUGCAAAGAAUGUUGCCAGUGGGAAUUGGGUGCGUUUGGUUAAUCAUUGGCACGAAGCUGUUCGGUUGGCAGAUGGCGUUUUCAAGCCAGGCAAUGGCUCGUCUCAGUCUGCAGAAAGUGAACAACCCACCAAGAAAAGGAAAUUGGACUCCCCUAAAUAUCAGCAUCUGCGACUGAGAUGGGAAAGAUUUGCAGCACAGCUCAACGACUUUGAAGCACAAGUAGCCCAGGGCGAUGCCAAGUUUGCGUUUGCUUUCGUACAGGGAAAGAUUGUUCGCGCCUUACGCAAUGGCGAGUGGGUUCUGCUUGACGAGGUUAACCUCGCGUCACCUGACACCCUCGAAAACAUCGCAAGUCUUUUGCAUCACGGCAGUGAGGGUUCCCCCUCCGUGUUGCUUUCCGAGGCUGGCGAUGUAGAACGGGUGUUUGGCCACCCUGAUUUCCGAAUAUUCGGCGCCAUGAACCCGGCAACUGACGCAGGCAAAAAGGACCUUCCACCGGGCCUUCGCUCCAGAUUCACCGAACUAUAUGUGCAAUCCCCUGAUAACGAUUUGGAUGACCUCUUGUCUUUGAUCAAGAAGUACCUCGGUGAUUUGACUUUGAGUGAUGCCAGGGCUGCACCAGAUCUCGCCCAGCUCUACAUGGAGGCCAAGAAGCUCAAUUACGAGAACAAGCUCACAGACGGUGCAGGUCAGCGACCACACUUUAGCAUUCGAACCCUUGUUCGUGCGCUCAUCUACGCUGCCGAUCAUGCGCAAAUCUAUGGCUUAAGACGAGCAAUAUUCGAAGGGUUCUCCAUGAGCUUUCUGACAGUUUUGAGCCGUGAAUCCGAAAGGCUGUUGAUGCCGCUGCUUGAGAAGCACAUUUUCAGCAAUGUGAAGAACGUCAGAGCAUUACUUGGGCAAACUCCUAGACCCCCCAAUGAUGGCAACGAGUACGUGCAUUUCAAACAUUACUGGAUGCGGAAAGGACAUUCGAUACCGGAAGAACAACCCCAUUAUAUCAUAACUCCGUUCAUUGAAAAGAACCUCAAGAACCUUGUCCGAGCGAGCUCUACCCGCCGAUUCCCUGUUUUGCUUCAGGGCCCAACCUCUGCCGGUAAGACCAGUAUGAUCGAGUAUCUCGCUAAGGUAUCGGGAAAUAAGUUCGUACGCAUCAAUAACCACGAACACACCGAUCUACAAGAGUAUCUAGGUUCCUAUGUUUCCGAUGAUGACGGUACUCUUCGUUAUCAGGAAGGUGUCCUGGUUGAGGCCUUACGGAACGGCUACUGGAUUGUCCUCGACGAGCUGAACCUGGCGCCGUCAGACGUUUUGGAAGCGCUUAAUCGACUUCUGGACGAUAAUCGUGAGCUGUUCAUCCCUGAGACACAAGAAGUGGUUCAUCCUCAUCCAAAUUUCAUGCUAUUCGCAACGCAGAAUCCUGCAGGGCUUUAUGGAGGCCGAAAAGUACUCUCCCGCGCGUUUCGGAAUCGUUUCCUCGAAUUGCACUUCGACGACAUACCAGAGAGCGAGCUAGAAUACAUUCUCAAAGAACGGUCACAGAUCGCGCCGUCCUUCUGUACCCGGAUCGUUUCAGUAUAUCGGAAACUCUCUUUAUUGCGCCAAUCAAACCGACUAUUUGAGCAAAAGAAUAGUUUCGCCACCCUGCGUGAUCUUUUCCGGUGGGCUCUGCGGCAAGCGGAUGACCGAGAGCAGUUGGCUGUAAAUGGCUUCAUGCUCCUUGCAGAGAGGGUGCGAAACCCUCAAGAGAGAGAAGCUGUGAAAGGUGUGAUUGAAGAGGUUAUGAAGGUCAAGAUAGAUGAAGAGGUUCUCUACAGUAUAUCUGAAAUGGACAAGCGUGCACCAAUGCUAAGGCAACUAACCCCUGGCAUUGUCUGGACCAGGGCUAUGAGAAGACUUUUUAUCUUGGUUUCCACAGCUCUCCAUAACAACGAGCCUAUCCUGCUUGUGGGUGAGACCGGCUGCGGAAAGACUCAACUUUGUCAAGCAGUCUCAGAUGCCUACCAAAAGCAGCUGCACAUUGUCAAUGCGCAUGUGAACUUGGAAACUGGCGAUCUCAUCGGUGCCCAACGCCCUGUGCGAAAUCGAACGGCUAUCGAAGAUGGUCUGGUCAGCGACUUGCGAACACUCUUGCGAGACGAGACCAAGUCGUUUGAAGAGUUGAAACAAGUUUUUGCAACGUUUAGUGAAGGACAGCGACAAGAAUGCGACUCGGAGCUGCUUAAGAGAAUUGAGAAGAACCUUGCCCGUCUCAAUGCGUUGUUCGAAUGGACUGAUGGCAGUUUGAUUACAGCCAUGAGGACAGGCCAAUUUUUCCUGCUUGAUGAAAUUUCUCUCGCCGACGACUCGGUGCUGGAACGACUCAACAGUGUGCUGGAACCCCACAGGUCGAUACUGCUAGCAGAAAAGGGCCCUAUCGAUUCAAUGGUGGUCGCGGACAGCGGUUUCCAAUUUCUUUCAACCAUGAACCCCGGAGGCGACUAUGGAAAGCGAGAACUUUCUGCUGCUCUUCGAAAUCGGAUGACCGAGAUUUGGGCCCCUCAGCUUUCUGAAGAUGAAGAUAUCCUUCCGAUCCUUCAAAGGAAACUACAGAUGGAGUCGGAGCACAUUCCUCGGGCAAUGUUACAGUUCGCUAAGUGGUUCAAGCGGACGUUCCAGGGGUCCUCUACCAACUCCCUCUCCCUCCGCGAUCUUCUGGGCUGGGUUGAUUUCGUCAAUAAAUGCCAGGGUUCUGAACCCUUGUUUGCCGUCAUCCAAGGUGCUGCAAUGGUGUUCAUAGACACACUAGGCGCUAACCCAGCCGCGAUGCUUGCCAGUACGUUGCAUAAUCUCGUGGCAAACCGAAAGCUGUGUCUGGAUAAACUUCAAGAACUGUUUGACGUCGAUGCCGCAAGUAUCUACGAGCAAAGGUCUAUUAUCGAUAUCCAAGACCGAGCCUUGCGCGUGGGGCCCUUCCAUCUCACCAUCCAGGGUGAUGCUCAACCUGAUCCUGAGUUCAUCAUGGAUGCGCCGACCACUAUUGCCAACUCAGUACGAAUUGCUCGCGGAUUACAAUUAACCAAACCCAUUCUCCUAGAAGGUAGCCCUGGCGUUGGUAAGACAACACUUGUGACUGCCCUUGCUCGAGCCCUAGGGAAGCCGCUCACCCGAAUCAAUCUGUCUGAGCAAACGGAUCUUACGGAUCUGUUUGGAUCGGAUGUGCCUGUUGAAGGCGGCGAUGUAGGUCAGUUUGCGUGGCGGGAUGCACCUUUCCUGCAAGCGAUGCAGCGUGGCGACUGGGUCCUCUUGGAUGAGAUGAAUCUGGCCUCUCAGUCGGUGCUUGAGGGUCUCAAUGCUUGUUUGGACCAUCGUCAGAUGGUCUACAUUGCGGAACUUGACCAGACUUUCAAGCGGCACCCGAAUUUCGUCCUUUUUGCGGCACAAAAUCCCCAUCAUCAAGGAGGUGGUAGGAAGGGGUUGCCGGCUUCUUUCGUCAACCGGUUUACCGUGGUGUAUGCUGAUAGCUUCACCGACGCUGACUUGAAACGCAUAUGCGCCAAACUCUUCCCCGGCAGUCCCACCAGGCAGACCGAACGGCUUGUUGAUUUUGUUUCCUCGUUGAAUACCGCUAUUACCCAGGAAAGGAGGUUAGGUGUUUUGGGUGGUCCAUGGGAGGUCAACCUGCGUGACAUCCAAAGAUGGCUUCAACUGGCUGAUCGUGGAGCUUUGCAAAUUCAUACAAAGAACUUCCUCGACGUUAUCAUCUCCCAACGUUUUAGGUCGGAAGAGGACCGGGAACGAGUCCGCCAUCUAUAUGAGCAUGUCUUUGACGGCGUCUCAACCGCAGCCAAGAGUUACUAUCAUAAUAUGACUGCGGAGUGUAUGCAGGUCGGGCUUGGAGUUAUGCAAAGAGAUGUAAUGCUGCAAGAAACGCCCAAUCCGCAUCUCGAGAUACUCCCGAAGGAUCUCCCUAUCCUUGAGUCUCUCAUGCUUUGCAUUGAGCAGUCAUGGCCAAGCAUCUUGGUGGGAGCCUCAGGAUGCGGCAAAACAACGUUGAUAAGAAAGCUUGCUGCUCUUAAUGGAGCCAAUUUGGUCGAGCUAGCCUUGAGUGCCGAUACUGAUACAAUGGACCUAGUCGGGGGUUUCGAGCAGAUUGACCACAACAGGGAGAAACAGUCCCUUUUGCAGGAUAUUUUGCUCUUUGUGAGACGGCAAAUAUUUUCCGGUUACUCGCCUGGGACUUCUCCAGAAGAAAUUUCUGCCUUCGUUGAGUUUUAUGAACGAUUACAGAGCCCUGACGUAUCUCUCGAAAUACUAUGCACGUUGCUGGAAACCGUUCAUCAACUAUAUCCCGAACCAGCGUUGGAACAGCUACUUGAACGAUCGCGAUCUUUGUUUCGGAUCACCAAAGAGUCGGAGACUUUUAAGGUUGGUUUUGAGUGGACGGAGGGUGUCUUGACGCAGGCUGUGCAGAAGGGAGACUGGGUUGUCCUAGACAACGCCAAUCUUUGUAAUCCCUCUGUCCUCGACAGGCUGAACUCCUUGACGGAGCCAAACGGGUCUCUCAUUCUCAAUGAGCAGCGCACUGAAGAUGGAAACGCCCGAAUCAUCAAACCUCACCCGAACUUUAGGCUCUUCUUGACAAUGGAUUCGAGAAACGGAGAGCUUUCUCGCGCCAUGCGAAAUAGAUGUGUUGAGAUCUGCAUCCUGCCCCAGGAGGAACUUGUUCAGAAGUACUCCUCCACUCCCUCCUAUACCAGCCAAUCUUACCUAUACCGUCUUCGCUCUCUCUGGACGUUCGGGCCUUUCGGAGCUUUAGAGCAAGUGUCUGAACCAUCGUACGAGAUUCGCCUGGACCACCUGUCUAUCUCGGACCUAGCUUAUCUCCAACGAUCACAACAUCUUGUUUCUCCGUAUUUGUCUGAUCUCCAACUUGGCCAGUUCUCGAGACUUUUGGAUCGUUACGCAUCGGUUAUACACGACAAUCAGUUCUGCCAACCUUUCGAUUCCAUCAAGAAAUCCGUCAACCUAGGGAACGUCACUUUCGCCAUUCAAGGCCAUCUACAACCGCUUCAUCCUUUGGUCAAUGAACCUCUGGCUCUAGUUUUGGAGCAGGAUUUGCCAUUCAACUCACUUAUCCUUCUGGCGCAUUUGCAGGAGUCGAAGCUUGAUCUGCAUCGCCUCAAACAGGCCCUAUUGCUCGCAGACGAAUCAAGCCAGUCUCUAAAACCAAGCCAAAUGAGUCGCCUGCAGCGAUCUAUAGCCUCGAAGCGCAUACCUGCCUUGAUGAAAGAUUCGACACAGCCAGUUGGCCGCUUCCUUGCGCAUUGCGGACAGGCUGUAUACGACUUUGUUCAAAGUCUAGACAGUGAUUUCAUCCACCAUCAUGAUCCUAUGCCUCCUCUUCGUGCAAUCAUUAACUUCUGUGCGGAUAUCCUGAGAGUUACAGCAUCUACUGAAGUUGAUGAGGGCGAAUUCUUGAUCUACCUUCAGAUCGGUAAAACGUUGUGCUCAUCGAUCUUCGAUCUAGGUGCUGCUUUCACCAAACUGGCUCAUGCUCUGUCUCAAGCGCUUGAACGCUUCCACGAAAACUGGGCUCUUACUACAGGUCUCGGGAUGCAGAAGCUCUGGGAAUCUUGGAGACCAGCAACAGCAUCAACUCCCGCCCAGUUGACUUCCAUGCUGGAUCUGGAGAAGGUCGCGUCAGAGUUUAUGCAAAUCGCAAACCGGACUCGUCUUGACUUGUCUCAAUUGAGCCAAGUGCGUAACUCUUUGGUCGAAACGCAAAGAUCCUUGCUUUUGAAGGGUGCCGAUGAGGGAAAUCUCGUGCAAAGUCUCCGAGAGACAGUGAUGGGUCUGGCAAGCGUGGUGCAAGAUUCCGAGUUGACUCAAAGCCCGUACUUCUCGAACGAGUUUGAGAUACUCUGCCAAUACCAUGACAUUGCGGCCCUUAAGGAUGGAAGCCCCUCUGCGCCUCAAACUGCCGUCCAAUCCGUUUUGGCUCUACUCGCUGGCCGUCCUGCUCAGCCAUUGAAUUCAUCAAAGCUGCAAAGCCGGGUUCCGGAUAUCCUUCAUCGUCUGUCCUUGUUUUCAGGAUAUCAGCGAUCUUCCGGGUGUGGAACAGCCGUUAGCGGCACUGUUUCUCUGUCGCUGCUCAACAAGUUGGCUUAUGUUGAUCGCGUCAGCCUUGGUCAGAUGGACGCCCUGGAACUUGAAAAACAGACGCUCUCCAAAGCAUUAGCCUUAACCAGUCGAGAAAUCGCCCUGGAUCAGCUCAAGCUUGUCAGACAGGCGCUUUUGGAACUUACCGCGGAGUUUGUCGAUGUUCACAAGGAGUUCUUCAAUCCGCAAUCCUUUGAGCAACUGGUCACUCUUCUACGUUUGGCAGGCAAGCGAGGCUUGCCACCAAGUUUGCUCUCAUUGAACAUUCGUCUGGCGCAGAACCUACCCAGCAACCACUAUUUCAAAGCCAUUGCUGAUAAGGCACUUCCGAAGCUUGUUGUAGCGUUGCUGACUAGGUCUACCGGCGAAGAUGCUGUGCAAGAUACUGCAAGCGCAUUGGUGCAACUGGCGGUUAUUCUCCUGUGGCUAUUUGUUCCUGAUAAGCCAUUCGAUCCUUCCCUAAGCUUAGUCGUCGAGAGGGAGCGACAUCAGCAACGUGUCGCUGAACUUGCUUCGAAGGCUGAAUCAAUCAUCUUGUUUGAGCAAGUCUUUUCGGGACAAGCUACGAACAUUAGGCAUGAAAUCGUGCAGCAUGAAUUGAACAGCCUUGGUUCAACUCCUCCGCCAUCCUCUGUCACACGUCCAGCUACCUCGGAAAUUAGCAUUCUCCACGCCGAAUUCGCCAGCAUCAUCAAAUCUGUUCUCCGCCGGAACCCAGAGAAAUUGAUCAACGCGACCAAGAAGGGCCCCGAGAACGAACGUACGAGAAAGCUACUGCGGGACAAUAUUCAGCAAUUGAGCAAGCGGUUGAGUACCAACUAUAGAUCCUAUGACGAUAUCACCACCCUUGUCGUUCGCUUCCUACAAAUAUUAGAUCUUGGACUUUCUCUCGGCUCAAACCCCGACCAUGGACCUGAUGAGACAGCUCUUCUGCGGACCGUUUGUAAGAGCACGCCAUUCCUUGGAGCUUCUGGUCGAUCAAUCCUGUCGCUUGACAAUGGCUCGUGCAGGCAAGACUCCAAACACGCCACAGAUUCAUGGUUCCACGAUUUAUCAUCGCUUAGGGUGGCUGAAGCCAUGGAGCCUGGUAUUCUUCAUAGCAAAACUGGGCGCGAGAAUCUCCUACGCAUUGUCGAGAAAUUUUACAUGUUGUGGAAGGCAAAGUUGAAGGAGGAUCAAGAGGAACACACCCGCAAGAAUGAGAUGUAUCAUUUCAAAGGAUCCUGGGAGGACAGUGAAGAAGUCGAUGCAAAUGAGUUAUACCAGCUCUUCCCUACAUAUGAAGAGGGCGCGGACCAAGAUAUCAGUUUGUCAAGCGCGACUGAUCCCAAGGCUAUCGCGGUUCGACUGGCCGAUCUUCACGCCAAACUGUUUGAGGCUGCCGAUAGUGGAACAGUGCUGUUAGAUUACGUCAAGCAGUCUGCCAUGCUGCUAGGUUCGAUUUGGUCUGAAACCAACAACUCGCUUUCUCCACACGUCGCUCCAAAGGAGCAGGUUUCUGCUAUUCUUUUGCUCCUUGAAGAUGAUCUUAUCAAGAGAACCACCCCGUCGGCCAAAAGCUAUAAUUUCUACAUUGACCGGAACUUGGCCGAAGCCAAGAAGCUUCUGACUUUGACACGCUCUAUUCAAGCUCGAUUUGCUCAGAUACAACAGGCCUGGCCGGAUCACGCAGUUCCCGGUGAUGUUAUCUCGUUCUGCAAAGAGAUUUAUCAGUUCAAGCAUUCCGAACCCGUUGCUAAGUUUCUGACAAAGGUCGAGAAGCUUCACUCUCUUGUCCAUGAAUGGCAGCUCGUAGCCAGUCGAGAGUACUCAGCAGCAUCAUACUACGAUGAACUUACCAACAUGAUCAUUUCCUGGCGGCGAUUGGAAUUAUCAACUUGGGCAAAGCUCCUGGAUCUUGAGAAGGACAAGUGUGACCAGGACGUAAGCUCAUGGUGGUUUAUCGCUUUCGAAGCACUUAUUAGGGCGCCAAUCCAAAUUGCAGAGUCCGGACCCGCGUAUCUGGGUGACCAUGUCCAGGAUGUGGUUGGUACAUUGGAGCAAUUCACGCACUCAACUACGCUAGGCCAGUACAGCGAGCGGCUCCGGCUCAUCAAGAACUUCCGAGCCCUCUUACUCCUCUAUGUGCAAGACUAUCCGUCGCUGAAGCAGCUCGUAUCUGCACUCGACAACUUCCUUCACCAUUACGCUCAAUUUCAACCCGCUGUUAACAAAAUGCUGACUGACAAGCGUUCUGCUCUGGAAAAGGAUAUCAAGGAACAGAUACAACUCGCAAGCUGGAAGGACACAAAUAUUGUUGCCCUUAGAGAGAGUGCUAAGCGUUCACAUGUCAAGCUGUUCAAAUUGGUGCGCAAGUACCGCGAAGUUUUGGGACUGCCCGUUGAGCAGAUUUUGAGCCAAGAUAUGCCCGAACGAGAAGAAGAAACCGGCGUUUCCGGUCGCGAGCUGGUCUUCUCCUCUACGAGUAUUCCGGAAGCCCUGGUCCUUUGCGAAAGAAGCAAAGUGUGGUCUACCCGACCUCCUCGUUUUACGAACCCGGAAGGCACAGUCAAGAACAUGCUCAGCAUGUACACCACAAUUUCCGACGAAUUCGAUGUUGGUAACGAUCUCAGCGGCUUUGUUCAAUUCUUCCUUGAAAGUAUCAAAGAAUUCCGAACCCAGACCCCGAAGGUCUUGACGGAGGAGAACAAACCCGAUGUUCAACACCUCAAGGGUCAAAAACGUCGUUUCUAUGCGGACACUUUGCGACAGCUUCUGGAGUUUGGUGUCAAGCGUAAUGCCGGUACCGACUUGGUCGAAUCCCAGGCUACCGUUGCUAAAGUGCUUGCUACAAGCCCGUCUCUCCCCGCCCACCCGGCGGUAAUGCAACUGAUCGAGAAUUGCGAUGGCUACUUCCACCGACUUUUAGACCUCGUUCCGCGUGCUCGUCAAGCCUCACGCAGCUACUCCGAGGAACUCAGCAAUGUUGAAGUGUCGAGGAGUUUGGGGUCGAUGGAGCAUCUUUUGUUCAUGAUUAGGAAACAGAGAGCCGCCGUUUCACCGGCUCUAUCGGAUUUAGGAACGCUUCAGUACACUCUCGCCAAGGUUUCCAACCUCUGGAAGUCGGGAACAAACUCUAUUGCUCAUUCUAAUCACCAAAUUGCUAGCGGGAAGCAAGAAGUAGCAACAGCAGUUGCAUGGCUGGUGCCCACUCUCGGACUUGCUUUAACGAUUGUGGAGCUGCAUUCGAAAUUCUCUGAGAUUCCUUCAUCAGAAAUUUCCAAAAGCCUGCAGACGUGGAAAGAGACGUUUUACCGUCUGAGACAAUCUAUCAACCACCUUCCCGAGCUGCCGAGUGGAGUUAUUUCUAGACUUCAUCAGCAUACCUUCGACGAAGCUGCGUCCUCCCUGGAUCAACUGAAGGCAGAUAUUGGCAAAUGGGCUCGCGAACGUCCUGAUUUAACCUUUGUCCUGGACCAGCUUCUCCCCUGGACUAAAGCCAAGACUGGGCCCGCUGAAACCGUGCAAAACGUGGACGUGUUGGCAAUCGAAGACUUUGACUCGAGCCUUACUGCGGCCACGGAUAAGAUACUUGUCAGUCUCCAGAAACUCAAGGAGGUGCCAGCUUUGAUUACAUCCACUGGCUCUCUUUCCCGCAGUGACGAAUUCUUCACUAGAGCUCUGAAGUCGGCGCAUCUGCCCGAUAUCACGAAAGCUCUGGAUGAUGUGCUAGAAACCCUACAUCGUAUACAGGAGAACUCAGAGGCUGGUAUUCCACUAGCAGUUUCGCUUCUGGCGAGCCUGUUGCCGAUCAUGAACAAAUAUUACGAUAUUAGCCAAGACAUCGUGGGCCGCUUCCUCAAAGUGCACCGUGAGACAUGCAAGAUGUCUUAUGUACUUGCGAAGACUUUCAUUCAGGUCUCAUCAGAAGGCUUCUGUAGCCCACAUGAGGAGUCAAAUGAAGAAGGCCAAUCUGGAAAGUUGGAGAGCGGAACAGGUCUUGGUGAAGGUGAAGGAGCCGAAGACAUCAGUAAAGAUGUUGGUGAUGACGAAGACCUGUCUGAGCUGGCGCAACAGGAACAACAAGAAGGAGCAGGAGAGGAUAUGGAUAAGUCUAAAGAUGCUGUGAAUAUGGACCAGGAAGACCUGAAAGGUGAGGAGGGCGAGCAUGAAGAAGAAGAAGAAGAUGGAGACAAAGAAAGCGGCGACGAGGGAGAGGAUGACGAUAUUGAUGAGGAGGUAGGCAGCGUCAAUGACCUUGAUGCAUCUGCCGUUGAUGAGAAGAUGUGGGAUGGUGGCCAUGACGAGGAACAGAAGGAGACGGAGAACCAAGAAGGCAAGGGUGCUACUGAGGCUGAUCAGCAAACGGCAGCCCCGGAGCAGAAAGAAGGCGAGAAGGGCGAAGAGGGCGAGAAAGAGGGAGAAGGCGAAGAGGAGGAAGAGGAGGAUGAAGAAGAGGAAGCGCCUGAUGAUGAAGGCGAGGCUAUUGGACGCGAGGAUAUGGACGUCACAGAUCCCCAUGCCCAGGAACAGGAGACACUUGAUCUACCGGAAGAGAUGCAGCUUGAUGGUGACGAGAAGGGCAUGGAUGAUGAGGAUUUCGGCAGCGAUGAUGGGCUCGAUGAUCUUCCUGAUGCACCGAACGAUGAACAGAUGAAUGAGAUGCAGGAGGACAAUCCCGAAGAGCAGGGCCCUGGCGACCUCCCCGGCGAGGAGGAAGAGAUUGACCAGGACGAGGAAGCUCAGCCCGAAGAGGAGAAUGCCAAUGCAGCUGAAGGUGAAGAAGACGCACAGGAGCAGGGUGAAGAGCCUGAAGAGACCCAGCAAGACGAAUUCCUUGCCCAAAGGGAUGACAAUGAGAAUGCUGGAGAAGAAGUCGCUCCCAGCGAAGCUGUCAAUGGCGGUCUCGGUGCCGAGCAAGACCAGAACCAGGAGAAGGGCGCUUCCGGCAACGCACAGCAACAAGACGGCUCUACUGAUCCUAACGUCGAACAAAAUCAACAAACCGGUGCUGCCAAGGAGGGUGAAGAAAACGAGAGGUCCAGGGAUGAGGGAGGUGCGGACGAUGUCAACCCGGAAGAUCCUCAGUUACAGGCAUUCAAGAAGCUGGGUGAUGUCCUUGAACAAUGGCAUCGCAGACAAAAAGAAAUUCAGAAUGCCUCAAAACAGGAGGAAGGCGAGACAGACGAGCCUUUGCCUCAGGACACAGAGAUGGGCGAUGCAGACUUUGAGCACUUGGCAGACCAAGACGACGUCGCUGAUACCCAAGCCCUUGGUCAAGCCAACGAAGAACAAGCCAAAGCUCUGGACCAGAACAAGGGCGUGGAGUCAGAAUCUAAACCCACCGAUCAAGAAAUGCUGCCUGACGCGUCCGAUGAGCCUCAACUCCUCCCAGAAAACGAACUGGAGGAUGCAAUGCAACUGGAUCACGACGGCGCCCCCACCGACAACCAGGCAGCCGGAGCUUUUAUCCCAGGAACAUCGCAAGCCCAACAAAAUCCAAGCGACGCCCAAGCCCACCCAGCAGAAACCGAAGAGCUCGACGAAGUCGACUCCCACCUAGCCGCCAUCCACCUCUCUUCCACUCUCCCCCCUUUAACCCCACGAGAUGAAGCCCAACGCCUGUGGUCGAAGUACGAAUCCGCAACAAACGCCCUCUCCCUCUCCCUAACUGAACAGCUCCGCCUAAUCCUAGCUCCAACCCUCGCGACCAAACUCCGCGGCGACUUCCGAACCGGUAAACGUCUCAACAUCAAGCGCAUCAUCCCUUAUAUCGCCUCUCAGUAUAAGCGCGACAAAAUCUGGAUGCGCCGCUCUGUUCCCUCCAAGCGCAACUACCAAAUCAUGCUUGCCGUUGACGACAGUAAGUCCAUGCUCGAGAGCGGCAGUGGCCAACUCGCGUUUGAAACGCUCGCCCUCGUCGCGAAGAGUUUGAGCAUGCUCGAAGUUGGAGACCUCUGCGUCCUUGGUUUCGGUAGCGAGGACCAUGUCCGUGUUGCUCACGACUUCGGCAAGCCCUUCUCCUCCGAGGCUGGUAUCCAGGUCUUCCAGAAUUUCAGCUACCAGCAAACCGGCACCAACGUGCGCAAGUUAAUCGCUGACUCGAUCGCUCUCUUCCGUGAAGCGCGCUUCAAGCAGUCUCCUGCUGGCGGCGGUGCAGAUCUCUGGCAGUUAGAGCUGAUCAUCUCCGACGGUAUCUGCGAAGACCACGAGACCAUCAAGCGGCUUGUCCGCCAGGCCCAGGAGGAGCGGAUCAUGAUCGUGUUUAUCAUUGUGGACGCUCUAAAGGGCAACUCCAUCCUAGACCUUACGCAGGCCAGCUUUGAGCCGGAUACUGAGAGCGGUACCGGCGAGAUGAAACUGAGGAUGAAGCGGUACUUGGAGGGAUUCCCAUUCCCCUAUUACCUUGUCGUGCGGGACGUGAGAGAGCUUCCGGCUGUUUUGGCUACAGCAUUGAAGCAGUGGUUCGCGGAGGUUGUUGAUGUUUCUUCAUAG